CAACUUUUUUUCCAGAUCCAAAAAGUGACUCGCCGACGAGCCAUCAAUUUUCACCAUUUUCAACAUAAAUUUUUGGGAAAAGUCGGUCAUUAUGUUUGCUUGUCUAGUAGCUGGGAGGUUGGUGCAAGGGGAGCCCCAGCAGGUUGACGCGACUCACUUCAUCUUCAACCUCGAUAAUGCUGCUGACAUCAACCACGUGAUCAUCUUCCUCACCGGUGCUACAGCCUUCCCAGAGGGUACCGGAGCGGCGGUCCACUUCGGCCAGCCCAGCCCCAGCAGUCUGACAUGGCAUAACCUGGGAUACAUCUCGAAUGAGAAACCCAGUGUCAUUUUCAAGAUAUCGGGACUGAAAAAUAUCCAAUCAACAUCCAACAACUUCUUCAUGCAUGCACAGCAGAGUAAUUCGCAGCUUCCCUCCACUUCUGCUCAUAUAGGUAUCGCUGUUGAGCCACUGGCAGAGUUGAAGCAACAGACACCAGCAGCAAAUACCCAAGCGUCUAAUGUUGAAUCCUUUGUGCAAUUCACCCAGAAGAUGUUGGAGAACUUUUACAACUAUGCCUCGUCUUUCAGCAUCACCCAAGCUCAGAUGACCCCACAGCCCGGUGUCCAGUACCUCCCGACUGACGUCCUCACCAAGUGGUACGAAAACUUCCAGAGAAAACUCUCGCAAAAUCCAAACUUCUGGAAGAAAUGAGAUAGCAAUGUGCUCCAGGAAUAUUCAUGUACAUGCAGAAAUGGCAGAAUGCUAGCCUGUCAAACUUUCAAACAAAGUAUUCUUUGAUUCUUUGCUUAGAAAGGAAGAAUAGUGUAGCUUUGCUUUCAGGAAGAUGGUGAAGAUGGACGAGCUCCUGAAGAUCCACACUUCUGGGAAAAAUCAGGUAUAAUCGCUUCAUGAGGAUGAUUACAUUGGAGUAGCCAUAUGUAAGCAUCACCUUUCAACCAAAGUAAUGUAAGAUUCUUUGCUUGGGAAGAAAGUAGAGUACAGCUGUGCUUGUAGGAAAGCUGCUAAGAAGGAUGAUAUAUGUCUGGGCUCCAUGAGGAUGAUGGUUGCAUAGAUGUUCAACUUCACAACAUGUAAGCAUAUUCAACUCCAACCAAGGUUAUGUUAAACAUUUUUGCUUGGGAAGAAAGAAGAGCGUAGCUGCGCUUGUAGGAAAGCUGCUAAGAAGGAUGAGACAUGUAUGGGCUUCAUGAGGAUUAUGAUUGUAUAGAUGUUCACAACAUGUAAGCACAUUAAACUUCAACCAAGGUUACCGGUAUGUAAGAUUUUUUGCUUGGGAAGAAAGAAGAGCGUAGCUGGGCGUGUAGGAAACCUGCGAAGAAGGAUGAGAUCCUGUUCUAAGUUCUAAGGGAAAAUAGAUGUGUGUGCUUCAUGAGGAUGAUGGUCGCAUAGAUGUUCACAACAUGGAAGCAUAUUAACCUUCAACCAAAGAGUUGGAAGAUUCUUUGCUUAGAAAGAAAGAUUAGCAUACAUUUGCCUCGAGAGAAGCAGUGAAGCGGUGGUACUAGAGCCUGAGCCAUGAGCUGAACGUUCUACUUUUACACAGAUCAAGCAUUUGCAGCUGGAAAGCUGGAGCGCUUGAUGGUGGAGGAGUAGAGGAAUGAUUGCAUCAUGUUAGGGGAGAAAAUUUAGGCAUUUGUUCUUGUACUUCCAAAGCAGAGUAGAGCAAUAUUCUUUUUCGCAAUGAGAUAAAUGUGUAGUGUUUUCAUUUUCUUCUUCUAAAGUUACUGCAUUAGUGGAUGCUUUCGGUUAAUGAGAUGGUUAUUUGUUAAAGUGGAUAGAUCAGCACUUUUAAUGUUGCCAAUCCGUGACAGCUUGGUUCUCUGAGGGAAUUAUGGAUAUGGAGUUCCUUCUGCUUCUUCUUCUUCCUUCAACCUUUUUUACCUUGAGACUAGCAGCCAUCCUGCUUGUGGUAUUAGUCUAUAUUGGUAUUGUAUCCUGUUAAUACAUGUAGGUAGAUUGGAGAAUGCAAUUUUCUGCAUUUGUAAUAAAAGUUUGAUGUAUAUAUGAUAAUAUAUAUGAGCUAAAAGAUAUAUAUAAGUUAUAGGGCUAAGUGCCAUAACGUCUUUGAUUCAAAUUUCAGAUUGAUAAUCAUAUUUUUCUGUGAAAGUAAAAAUAUAAUGCAGGACAGAAAUCAACAGUUGGAAUAUUAGACAUUUUGUCUAUCUUUUUCCUGGAUAUUAUCCCCAAUGCCAAUACCAAUGCGAACCUAAACAGACCGAUAAUGUGAAGGUACCUUCACGACCCUUCUACGUGCAAGACUUUGUACAUUAUGGUUUAUCCUGUUUCGUGUUAUCAGUCUUUUUAAUUUGUCAAAUAAACACAUUUGAAUUACAUUUAUAUUCUGCAGUUGACAACAACCUGUAUGCCUUAUGAUGUGCAUGUAAGUUGAUGUAACUAAUGUACAUGGACACGUGCAUGAUUACUGCUUUUGUGAUUGUUAUGCCUUUAGAACCGCAGGUAGUGCUGAAAGCAUUUUAUUACAUUUAUAAAGUCAGUCUUAUUUAUGCUAUUAUUUUGUUAUCUCAACAAAUAUCUAAUGACGGAACUUAAUGCAUCACUUUUUGAAAGUUGUAGAAAUUAAGCUAAACAUGUCAGAGAUAAAUGUUCAUAGUCAUCUCUAUUGUACUUCCAGUAUCAAUAGGAAUAUAAUGUUUGUGCAUAAAUAUAUGUGCACAGUUGAACAAGAGCAGUUCAUUUUGAAUCUUUUCACUUUCGACCUUGCCCCUCACUUUGAUCUUCUGCAUAUUCCAUAACUGAAAAAGGGUUAUGACCACAAUAUUACCAAAAAAAUCUCAUUGAGAAUAGCUGAAUACUUUUUAAGAUGUUGCCGAUCUAAAUAUCUCAGCAUUUUUUUUAGACACCCUGUACAGUCCAUGCUGAUAAUUAUAGUGCACAACAUACUUGGACAGCAGAGUUCAAUUAACAAAGUAUAUGCUGUGAGCCUCUUGAGUCAGAAUGUCUCAAGCACACAUCUAUUUUUACAGAGGCCAAAUUUCAAAGUUGAUACCAAAUAUGGAGGAAGAUAUUCAGAUACAUUAAAGGAUGAGAUAUACAUGUAUUUGAUGUUAAAGAUGAGGGGUUCAAAACCAAUUUGAUGUGCUACUGCAAUUUUUUAAGGCAGUAAUCCUUGUUGCCAAGUCCCUUGGGGAGGACCUAAAGUUGUCGGUCUCCUGGUUGCCCACUUACAGCCUUCAACCAGUGUGAAACUCAGUUACAGAAUCUCCCUUUCAAACCAUAAGCUUAGUGUUUUGCUGUCUUUAUUGCCUUAUUGAAGAUAUUUGUCAAGAUGAUAAUUGAUUUUUUGUUGUUGGAAGAUGCAUGUAUUAAUAAAUUGACGGAAAUUAUAAUGUAUUUUGCAUGAAAUUGAAAUGAUGCUUUUAAUAAAUCACAGUACUUUCGUUAUUUAAA